CUGAAAGAUACUUGGGGUUCAAGUAAUCUUAUUACUGGAAUGGGUUGUGCGAGUAGCAGAGUAGUGUCCUCAGUCUCACGAGUAGAAUCUGAGGUGAUUACUGAGAAAUCGAACAACAGUCUGAUUGUGGACAGUGGAACUGAAGCGGUUCUUGUUGGUGGGGAUAAGGCUCAGAGACCUCCGAGUUUGCUUUAUAAUAUUCUACCGAAGCAAUGGCGUGGUGAGCAGGUGGCGGCCGGGUGGCCACACUGGCUUGUGGAGGCAUGCGGGGAGGCACUCAAUGGGUGGAUUCCGCGGAGCGCAGACACGUUCGAAAAAAUUGAGAAGAUCGGUGGCGGAACUUAUGGUAAUGUGUACAAAGCUAGAGAUACGGUCACGGGAAAAAUUGUUGCCCUAAAGAAAGUUAGGUUUGAUGUUAAGCAGCCCGGGAGCCUUAAAUAUAUGGCUAGGGAAAUUGUAAUUUUGCGGCAACUGGAUCAUCCCAAUGUGAUCAAGCUGGAAGGUCUGAUCAUGUCGAGGUUGUCGGCAUGUAGUUUGUACUUGGUGUUUGAGUACAUGGAGCAUGAUCUAGCCGGACUUGCCGCAAUGCCGGAAAUUAAAUUUACUGAAGCUCAGAUAAAAUGUUACAUGCACCAACUACUAUCUGCGCUCGAGCACUGCCACAGGCGCGGCGUGCUUCACCGUGACAUUAAAGGAGCAAAUAUUUUGGUAGACAACAGAGGAGUACUUAAAAUUGCUGAUUUCGGAAUGGCUACAUUUUUUGAUCGGUGGUCAAAACAGCGUCGUCCCAUGACGAAUAUGGUGGUCACGCUGUGGUAUCGACCUCCCGAGCUGCUUCUAGGGGCUACAAAUUACGGGGAGGGGGUGGACCUUUGGAGUGCGGGUUGCAUCUUAGCGGAGUUAUUAGCUAGGAAACCUAUCCUGCCUGGCAAGACAGAGUUGAAUCAACUACAUAAGAUAUACAAAUUAUGUGGUACACCUUCAGAUGAAUACCGGAAAUCAGCAAAGUUGCAGUAUGUGAAUCGAUAUUAUAGAUGGCCGGUGCCUUGCGAAAGACGCAUAAGAACGGAGUUCAAAGAUUUUCCGGCGUCAUCGUUGCCUCUUAUUGAAACUCUUCUCGCAUUCGAUCCAGAGGAAAGGCAGACCGCCACGGCUGCAUUGAGCAGUGAGUUUUUCAUGACAGCGCCUUUUGCUUGUGAGCCUCGUGGCCUCCCACAGUAUCCCCCAGCCAAACAAAUCGAUGCUGAACGCCGGUACCACGAGGCUGCUCAACUUAGACCUAACGGUAGAGUUGAGCUGGGCGAUGCUGCUGCAAAGAAAACUUGCACAUUUCGACGUACUCCAGCUAGUGCUAGUAUGCCGGAUCUAGAUCAAAUGGUGAAAAAUUUGAUUCCGGAUUGA